GUGCAUUAACGCUCAUUUCUUUAUAGAAUGGACUGAUGAAUGCUUGUUACUGUCCUCGAGCCGGCGACAAGCUCCUCCGAGUAAUGGUUCAUAAAAACGUCGGCCAUAACAAUCUGAAUAUCCUUCACUUUGGAGAUCUCGUAUUCGGAGUAUUCCCCAUGCUCGAGGGACAUAAUUUGUCGGGGGCAAUGCAUGGUGGUUCUUUGAACUCGGUUGAUGAUAUAAUGCAUUUGCUGCUGCAAGCUUUCGAGGGCGUUGCCUAUCUACACAGAAGUGGCAUUGCGCAUCGGGUCCUCUUUUUAACAAAAUUCAUUUUGGAAUGGUAUCCUCAAAGCAGCAAAUACAAGGUCUUCACUCGACCGCGCAUGUACAUCAUCGACUUUGAGACUGCCAUACAAUUCUCGAGCGACGAGAAGGAGCGUGUCACCAACACCUUCCCCGUAUCGAAUAGAUCCUGGUAUCGCCGCCCUUUGGCUCCAGAACUUGAAAUUCCUGACGUAACAUAUUGUCCGUUUCGAUUGGAUGUGUGGCAGAUAUCCACAGAUAUACUGCGGUUCAAGGUAGGUCUACUUUCGGCUACCGAGGUGUUCGAUAAUCCUCUCCAGAGACCCGACAUACAGGACGCGCUCGAUGCGCUAGCGAAGUGUAUGGGGGCUUUACUACUGAAAGAUCUUAUGGCGAUGAAAAUGCUGGAUAAUGAGUAUGACUUUGUCUAUGACGAAGAAACUCUUUGAUAGAGUUUAUGCCUGUAUACCCUGCUGCUUGCGUUGGCUAAGCCAGUGGUGUUUCACCACAUACGUCCCCCUGCAUGGAGUCUAACAUACCAGUUCUAGCGCCCUUUAAGCUUGAAAGUCCAAACCGCUCUACCAAAACCCUUGCAGCUAUAGA